UACUAUAUUCUGUGCGGAGAAGAGAAUUAGGGCAUCUGCUUCGCUAAGAUGGAAUACCAAAAACAGUGAACCUCGCACGCAUUGCCGUCGAUUUCACAUACCAAAUUGGGCCUCGAUUGAUCCCCUAGAUCUUGAGAUUUGAUCAUUGAAUACCUAAAUUGAGGUUGGUCGUAGCGAAGCAUCUCUGAGCAUUUGUGCAGCCGAAGAAACUGUGGAUCCUUUGCCUCGAUACUUCUCUAGGGACCCGCCCAACGUGAAUCUAAAUCACACUCCCCUAAAAAGGUCAAAACCCUAAUUUUCAGUGGGUAUUAAUAUUAUACACGUUGGAAUGCAUUUGACAAGCCGUCAGAAUCGACGGCUGGGAUCGAAUUGACAGGCGCCUUCAUAUAUCCAUGCGAUUCAGCAGCAGCCUUUGUGUUCCUUUCCACGAAGCUGUGUGCUGAGCGUUUCCUCUGUGUCCGGAACAGAGAGAGAUAGAAAGUUGCAGAGGGGGAAAGGGGAAGAAAAGGCGCCAUGUGCGGGAUACUCGCAGUUUUGGGUUGCGUCGACAACACUCAGGCCAAGAGGUCCAGAAUCAUCGAACUCUCCCGAAGGUUGCGCCAUAGAGGUCCUGAUUGGAGUGGCUUGCACUGUUAUCAGGACUGUUACCUUGCUCAUCAACGAUUAGCUAUUGUGGAUCCUGCCUCUGGAGAUCAGCCUCUUUAUAAUGAGGACAAGACUAUCGCUGUCACAGUCAAUGGGGAGAUAUAUAACCAUAAACAGUUAAGAGAAAAGCUUCAAUCUCAUCAGUUCCGAACUGGAAGUGACUGUGAAGUGAUUGCCCACCUUUAUGAGGAAUAUGGAGAAGAUUUUGUGGACAUGUUGGAUGGAAUGUUCUCCUUUGUCCUACUUGACAGCCGUGAUAAAAGUUUCAUUGCUGCUCGCGAUGCAAUUGGCAUUACCCCACUUUACAUGGGCUGGGGUCUUGAUGGUUCCAUUUGGUUUGCAUCAGAAAUGAAAGCUCUAAGUGAUGAUUGCGAAAGAUUCAUAUCCUUUCCUCCCGGUUACAUAUACUCUAGCAAAGCUGGAGGGCUUAGAAGGUGGUACAACCCACCAUGGUUUGAUGAACACAUCCCUUCUGUGGCAUAUGAUCCCCUAGCUCUUCGCAAGGCUUUUGAGAAGGCCGUGAUCAAGAGACUGAUGACUGAUGUGCCAUUUGGUGUACUUCUGUCUGGAGGGCUUGAUUCAUCACUUGUUGCUGCUGUGGCCUCCCGCUAUUUGGCUGAAUCAGAAGCUGCUUGCCAGUGGGGAUCACAAUUGCAUAGCUUUUGCAUUGGUUUGAAGGGUUCUCCAGAUCUAAAAGCUGCCAGAGAGGUAGCAGAUUAUCUUGGCACUCGCCACCAUGAGUUUUACUUUACUGUUCAGGAAGGUAUUGACGCACUUGAGGAAGUAAUCUAUCAUAUUGAAACAUAUGAUGUGACCACUGUUAGAGCCAGUACUCCAAUGUUCCUAAUGUCAAGGAAAAUUAAAUCUUUGGGAGUGAAAAUGGUUAUUUCUGGAGAAGGUUCUGAUGAAAUAUUUGGUGGUUACCUGUAUUUUCACAAAGCACCUAACAAGGAUGAGUUACACCAGGAAACAUGUCGAAAGAUAAAAGCUCUUCAUUUGUAUGACUGCCUUAGGGCCAAUAAAUCAACUUCCGCGUGGGGUGUGGAGGCUCGUGUUCCUUUCUUAGACAAGGAAUUCCUCAACCUAGCAAUGAGCAUUGAUCCAGAGUGGAAGAUGGUUAGGCCUGAUCUUGGAAGGAUUGAAAAGUGGAUUUUACGUAAUGCAUUUGAUGAUGACCAGGAGCCAUAUCUUCCAAAGCAUAUUUUGUAUAGGCAGAAGGAGCAGUUCAGUGAUGGUGUGGGUUACAGUUGGAUUGAUGGCUUGAAGGAUCACGCUAACCAACAUGUCACAGAUGCAAUGUUGGCACAUGCAAGCUUUGUAUACCCUGAAAAUACUCCUACCACAAAAGAGGCUUACUAUUAUAGGACUAUUUUUGAGAAGUUCUUUCCAAAGAGUGCCGCAAGGUCAACGGUUCCAGGAGGUCCCAGUGUGGCCUGCAGCACGGCAAAAGCAGUGGAAUGGGAUGAAGCAUGGUCGAAGAAUCUUGACCCAUCUGGCCGUGCUGCUCUUGGUGUUCAUGAAGCUGCUUACGAGGAAGCAGCAGAGGUUAAGAAGUCUGGUGUGAUGAAUGGCGCCGUUCAAAAAGGAUAAGACGGGAGUUGUUGAGAAGACUUGAUUGUUCAUUCUACUGACUUCCUCACUAGUCAUGUGAUCUCAACAUCAGGGCUUUUAUUUACUGCUGCCGGAGACCCUGCAGUCGAGGCUCCAGUGAUGAAGCUUACAUUCCACAUAGGUGUUAAAAAGCUGGAUCAUGCUGCCAAGCUAUGUUUUUGGUUUUAUUUAGCAGACGAUGUGAAAGGUUGUUUUAACUUAAAAAAGACUAGCUUGUAGAUGGAUGGGUGGAUAGAUGGAUGUGUCUGAAGUCCACAGGAAAAUUUGCAUAAAAAAGUAGAAUCUUAGGCCGCUUCUAUGGUUGUGUGUGUGUGUGGCAGUACUUUUGGUUGAUGGUGAUGAAUUAAUUAGAUCUUAGAAACAGAGAGAUCCUUAUGAUUCA